UCGUUUUCUUUUUGUUUGUUACCGGCACUAAUCCAUUGGUUAUAUCUAAUCAGCAGCACUUAGCUUCUUUAAUCAGAUUAGGACUGAAACACGUUACAUUGCCUGACAAGAGUUGUUAAAGUCGAGCUGUUAUAACUUAGAAAGUGAAUCCUAAUUCAUCUGCUUGUUUCUUCUUCUGUCUCUCCCCCAAUACUGGUUUUUUACCAAAAGACCAACCGUGAACGACGAUGAUCGCGCGGCGGAUCUGGCGUAGCCAUCGGUUUCUCCGCCCAUUCAGCUCGUCUUCUGUUUGCGCUCCGCCGUUGCUAGCUCCUUAUCAUUCUCAGUCGUUCGCGUCUCCGAAGUCGCGCCCGUUCCUUGUUCCUUCUCUCUCCUUGAUGAAAUGGUGUGAAGGAGGAGGAGGGAGUAGAAGCUGGUUUUCGAACGAAGCCAUGACCCUAGAUUCAGAUGCAGGAGGAGGUUUCAUUGAUGUGCCACUGGCACAAACUGGGGAAGGUAUUGCUGAAUGUGAGCUUCUCAAGUGGUUCGUCAAAGAGGGAGAUCCUGUGGAAGAGUUUCAGCCACUCUGUGAAGUUCAGAGCGAUAAAGCAACCAUUGAGAUAACAAGCCGUUUCAAGGGGAAAGUAGCUCUCAUUUCACAUGCUCCUGGUGACAUUAUCAAGGUUGGAGAGACUCUGGUUAAGCUGGCCGUAGAAGACUCCCAUGAUGCACUUUUAGUAUCCUCUGACACUCCAGGAAAUGUAGAACCGAUCUGUUCACAGCCAAAACUAGACACUCUUGUUGGAGCUCUCUCAACACCUGCUGUUCGUACCCUUGCUAAAGACAUUGGCAUAGACAUCAACCUCGUGACUGGAAGCGGUAAAGACGGGAGAGUCUUGAAAGAGGACGUUCUCCAAUUCAGUGGCCAGAAACAAAACGUAACUGAUUCAGCUCCUUCUGACAAUCCUUUUAUAAGAGGAGACUCGGUCUCCACCAGCUUUGAAGAUCAGAUAGUUCCUCUCAGGGGAUUCAACCGAGCAAUGGUCAAGACAAUGACUAUGGCCACAAAAGUCCCACAUUUUCAUUUCGUCGAAGAGAUUAACUGCAACGCGCUCGUGAAGCUCAAACACUUCUUCAAAGAGCACAACACAGACUCCACCGUCAAACACACGUUCCUCCCCACUUUGAUCAAGUCCCUCUCGAUGGCUCUAACCAAAUACCCCUACGUGAAUGGUUGCUUCAACGAGGAGUCGUUAGAGAUCAUCCUUAAAGGUUCCCACAAUAUUGGAGUUGCGAUGGCUACUGAACAUGGCCUAGUCGUUCCAAAUAUAAAGAAUGUGCAGUCACUCUCUUUACUAGAGAUAACCAGAGAGAUGUCACGGUUACAGCAUUUGGCGACGAACAACAAGCUGAGCCCCGAGGAUGUAACAGGUGGAACCAUAACUCUGAGUAACAUUGGAGCAAUAGGUGGGAAGUUUGGUUCCCCUCUUCUAAACUUACCUGAAGUUGCCAUCAUCGCUCUUGGGAGGAUAGAGAAAGUUCCAAAGUUUAAAGAAGACGGGUCUGUUUAUCCUGCAUCGACAAUGAUGGUUAACAUAGCUGCGGAUCAUAGAGUUCUGGAUGGAGCAACGGUGGCUCGGUUUUGUUGCCAGUGGAAAGAGUAUAUUGAGAAACCGGAGUUGCUAAUGCUUCAGAUGAGAUAAAGAACAAAACAAAGAAGAUUUCAUGUUUCUUUGUAAAAGUCUCUCUUUAUUUAAAUCCUGUAGAAGAGAGAACGUGAAUUGUAUGAAUAAUCAUCCUAAUGUUCGAAUAAGAUUACGUUUAAUGUCUGAACCGAAGACUAUUGUCCGAAUGGUGGACAAAAUAUGGCAAAAUUAAAUAUUUUUCUUUUUA